AUGAAGUGCAUAUUCUGGAAUAUUAGAGGAAUUGCAAAUGCCUCUUCCAGACUUGCUCUCAAAAGAUUAAUUUCUGUUAACAAUCUAGACUUGGUUUUGGUAGCAGAACCUUGGAUGGACUUUUCUAAAUUCCUUCAAACUUGGCUUAAGAAGCUCAACCUUAAGCUAUUUGCCAUGAAUUAUACGCAUGAUCUUUUGCCUAACUUAUGGUGCUUUUGUAAGUCUAAUAUCACCCCUACUGUUUUGUUGAGAGAUAGUCAACAUGUCUCCUUCACUAUUUCUGAGAUUCAGAUUGACCUCGAAAGUGCUAUUCAAGUGAGUAACGCUACAGCCGUUACUGUCACCGAUAUGGCUGAUAUUCAUCCUGACUUGCUAAGCCCUGGUACAAUACAAUUAGCAUUGGAGACUAGAAGAGAGUAUACCAAAAAGCUUGAAGAGGCCAAAGAGCGAGCUAGACGUCUUAGAGCAGAUCUGGCAGUUGAAGAACAUCGAGUGAGAGAACUGGAUAGAAUCUUGAGAGAAGUUCUUCCAUAUCCCAAGACUCCUAAUAUACCAAAGUCUCGUCCAUCAAGAAAAUCUAGCAUUGAAAGAAAAAGGAUGUCGAAACGUCUUGCAGAAGAUGCCAAGGCUUAUUUUGACGAGUGUGUAUCACUAUCAACAUUCGAUAGUUCAGACUUUUCAUCUCAAGAGGAUCCUCCGCUCAGUAUGGUUGGUCCACCUACUCCAUCUCGUUUAACCGAGCAAUCCGGCACUCGAGAACAAUCACACCAUAUCCAUUAUGACACAAUGCAGCCACCAGCCAGCAUUGAUUCCGAGGAAGCUAUCCAUGAACAAGUCAGCUCAACUGCUGAUAGCAAAGAAACUGACUCUAAACACUGCUUCUCCUUUGCACAGAAACCAUCUGAAGGCACUACAGCUCAACAAGAUAUCCAACAAUACAUAAAAAAGUUUGAAAAAAGUGUUUCAAAGUUGCCAAGUAUGAGAUCAAGUUAUGGUGACAUGUGUGACUAUAGUUUCCAAUCAUCAGCUGAGAGCUUGUUGAUUGACAGGGUGAUGCUAAGAAGUAGAAUUGAAUCUGGUAGGUUUUUACUCUGUGGUGGUGGUAACUUUUGGUCACCUUGA